CAUUGAAAAGCGGCUGGGUUCUUGUGAUUGGAAGUAGAAAUGCCUGAGGAAAGGAAUCAACCGCUUUCAUACUUGAAUGAGUUCGCAAUUAAACAGGAUCCGGAGGACUAUGGCCUUGCGGACGAUGUUUUCAGCAUUGAAGCAUUCAAACAAAAGCUGCAUAUUGUAGUUGUUAGAAACGAUGAAGAUGGAUUGGAAUUCGAUAUGAUAGGGGUUUAUCCGGCCAUUGCAAACGCAUUCCGCCGGCUGAUGCUGAGUGAAGUGCCAAGCAUGGCCAUUGAAAAGGUGUAUAUCUACAAUAACACGUCGAUCAUACAGGAUGAAGUACUGGCACAUCGCAUGGGAUUGUUGCCAUUGAAAGCAGAUCCCCGACUUUUCUCCUACCGCACGGAAGAGAGUCCAGAAACUGGCACAGAGCAGGACACACUUGAAUUCGAGCUGAAGGUAAGAUGUACGCGACGCAAAGAUACUCUAAAGGACCAGGCCCAUUUCGACGACAUAUACAAAAAUCAUAAAGUGUACUCGGGUCAUUUAAAAUGGCUUCCCAAAGGCAAACAGGCACAGAUCUAUAGUGAGAGCAGUGUAUCUUGCGUCCACAACGACAUACUAAUUACCCAAUUGCGACCAGGGCAUGAAUUGGAUUUGCGUUUAAUAGCUGUCAAAGGUAUAGGCAAAGACCAUGCCAAAUUUUCGCCAGUGGCGACUGCAUACUAUCGACUGCUGCCCCAGAUCGAACUCAACCGGGAGGUUACUGGCAAGGAUGCCUAUUUGCUUCAGAGAUGCUUUUCGCCGGGCGUCAUUGGCAUUGACGAGAACGAGCGUGCCUAUGUGAAGGAUGCCCGAUACGACAGCUGCAGUCGAAAUGUCUUUCGGUACCCACAACUGAUGGAUGCCGUCACUAUGGCACGAGUACGCGACCACUAUAUAUUUAAUGUGGAAUCGGUAGGUGCCCUUAAGCCCGAAGUAAUUUUCGUUGAAGCCGUCAAGGCACUAAAGAAGAAGUGUCGUGCGUUCAUAGACGAAAUAGAAGCUCAAUAAAAUAAACAUAUGCAUACAUAUUACAUCUA